CAAUUGGCUUGGAGGUAGUGAGAUUACUGGAUUUCGGGUUAGCGGUAGGGAAAGUUUGGAAGCAAGAAACCAUCGAUUUUAUUUUAAUUAAUUUACAGAAGCGGCAAGGAAAUCUUAGACUCCCACUCUGAGCAUUCUUGCAAUCAAAUGGCAGCUAAUUUCUGGACAUCCUCUCACUAUAAACUGCUCUGGGACCAGGAAAAGGUGGAUGAGGUGCGCUCUCCUGACAGAGAGAAGGGAAUCACUCUUGAAGAAUUCAAGCUAAUUAAGAUGCAAAUGGCAAAUGAUAUAUCAAAAUUGGCUCAAAGUGUAAAAGUGAGGCAGAGGGUAGUGGCCACUGCAGUUACAUAUAUGAGGCGUUUUUACAUGAGAAAGAGUAUGACAGAAUAUGAUCCACAUCUUGUUGCUCCAACUUGUUUGUACUUGGCAUCAAAAGCAGAAGAAAGCACAGUACAGGCCCGACUUCUAGUGUUUUACAUCAAAAAAAUAUAUACUGAUGAAAAGUAUAGAUGUGAAGUCAAAGAUAUACUUGAAAUGGAAAUGAAGAUUUUAGAAGCUCUUGAGUAUUAUUUAGUUGUAUUCCAUCCGUAUCGUUCAGUUGUGCAGUUGUUGCAGGAUUGUGGCAUGAGUGACAUGAAUAUGAUUCCUUUUGCCUGGGGGCUUGCAAAUGAUACAUACAAGAUGGACCUUAUACUUGUCCACCCUCCACAUCUGAUUGCUUUGGCUUGUGUAUUCAUUGCUAGUGUAUAUACAGAAAAAGAUAACACUGCAUGGUUUGAAGAGCUUCGUGUUGAUAUGAAUGUGGUAAAAAAUAUUUCAAUGGAGAUAUUAGAUUUUUAUGAAAACCACAGAAUGAUCUCAGAGGACAGGAUAAAUGCUGCCUUCAGCAAACUAGCUUCGAAGCCUUAAUUGUUUGGGUAACCCUACUGCAUUACUAGAAUCUUGUAUUACUAAAUCUGUUUUGUUGUGCAAGUAAAUGUUAUGGUGUAGGUAGACUGUUAGUAAAAUCAUCAGAUCUUGCUUCUCUAGACCUUUGGUUGGAGCUAUGGUACGCUUGAACCGAUGGUUAGCUGUGUAAGUGAGACUUUUGACACUUGAUUUUGUCGGAUAUAUACUAGAGAUAUUUUUUGAGACAAAGGCCUAGGGAUUGUGGUAGGACCCGUGUAUGUUACCAUUAAAAUGCACGAAGCUUUGCAAUUUCGAGACUAAGGCAUAGGCAUUGUUGGACACAGCAGUUUUAGACAAUUUAAAAUAUAACAGUUAUAUGUAUGACACAUCGUAUUUCAUACUUGAAAUUUUCUUCGUCCA